AUGGAAAAGGGAAGAAGAAACCUACCAAGCCCAGAUGCUGAGCAACAUGGGAUUCUGGAGACCUUGAAACUGAAGCGAGAAAUUGGAUUGACCAGUGCUGUGUCUUUAAUUGCUGGAACGAUGAUUGGCUCGGGUAUUUUUAUGUCCCCGGAGUGGGUACUGCGGAAUAUAGGUAGCCCUGGAGGAAGUCUCCUUAUCUGGGCUGCCUGUGGUACACUUGCCACCUUUGGGGCCCUGUCAUAUGCUGAACUGGGAACAUUAAUUAAAGAGUCCGGAGGGGAAUAUAUCUAUAUCCUGAGGAAUUUUGGCUCUCUCCCAGCUUUCCUUUUCUCAUUCACCUCAGUGCUUGUGGUCAGACCUGCUGGCGUGGCCGCUAUCUCACUGAGCUUUGCAGAAUACGCCGUGGCUCCCUUCUACCCCGGCUGCUCUUCGCCUGAGCUGGUGGUCAAAUGCACCGCUGUGGCCUGCAUUGUGGUUUUAGCCUUAGUCAAUUGCCUCAGUGUGAGGCUGGCCACCUCGGCCAUGAAUGUGUUUACAGCUGCCAAGCUCUUGGCAUUACUGGUCAUAGUCGUGGGAGGGUCAGUGGUGCUUGCCCAGGGGCACACACAAAGCUUCCAGAAUGCCUUUCUCAACACAAAAGCUGGUGCCGGGGCUAUUGGGAUUGCAUUUUAUCAAGGACUCUGGUCUUUUGAUGGAUGGAACAAUCUGAAUUAUGUGACUGAGGAGAUUAAGAAGCCUGAAGUGAACCUGCCAAAGGCAAUGAUGAUUGCUAUUCCUCUGGUUACCUGCUUCUAUUUGCUGGUCAAUGUGAGCUACUUUGCAGCCAUGACACCUGCUGAACUGCUGUCUUCCGGUGCGGUGGCCAUUACCUGGGGCCAUAAGGUCCUGGGCAACUGGGUAUGGGUGAUGUCAUUGUCAGUUGCGCUUUCUUCGUUUGGAUCAGCUAAUGGGACAUUCUUCAGUGGAGGCCGCAUGUGCUACGCUGCAGCAAGAGAAGGCCACAUGCCAAACAUUUUAUCCAUGGCUCACAUAAAACGCCUCACUCCUUCUCCUGCUCUCAUAUUUACUUCAGUGGUGUCUAUAAUUAUGGUGAUACCCGGAAGUUUCAGCCAGAUAGUGAAUCUUUUCAGCUUUACAGCUUGGCUUUUUUAUGGGAUAACUAUCACUGGCCUCCUGUAUUUAAAGAUUAAGAAACCAGAAUUGCCAAGAUCUUAUAAGGUACCAAUCAUCAUCCCUAUAAUUUUCCUGUUGGCAUGUGUGUACCUCAUACUAGCACCCAUCAUUGACCAGCCUCAGAUGGAGUUCCUCUACGUCAUCCUAUUCAUUUUAAGUGGCGUCAUCUUUUAUUUCCCCUUGGUUCGCUACAAGUGUCAUCCUGCAUGCUUACAAAAAUGCACAAUGCAUCUGCAGCUAUUUCUGGAAGUUGCACCAACUGAAAAGAAUGUGAAUUGA